AUGCCAUCCUGGUGGGGGAAAAAGACUAGUAAGUAUGAGAAUUCUUCAAAGGAUUCAUCAAAUUCACCGAGUAAAAGCAGGGAUUUUGCUGCUAUAGGGAAACAAGGUGGAGGGCUCCCAUUGCCCAGUCCUUUGGAGUCAUCGAAUGAACAUAAUCGUGCUCUCGGAGCUGGAUAUGCAUCCGGGUCGGGUUCCGUUUCCAGUGUUGGUUCAUCCGAAUCAUCUUGUGGCCAUGCCCAUGUUGUGGUUGAUCAUGCUUUCAGAGAACCUCGAGAUAAAAAAUUAAGUCCUUUGUUGCGAAGCCCAAGUCAAGGAGCACAGGGGACUACCAAAGUUACCUCACCUCUUCAUCUGCGAUGUUAUGGUAUUAAUAUGGAGUCUCCGACCAGGAAACCAGAAGAUGGAAAGAGUGAAUGUCAUAAGCUACCCCUUCCACCUGGUUCUCCUGCCAACCCUUCUAUGUUGCCGACCCCAAGAAGUCCCGGGAUAACUAAAACCUCAUGUUGUAAUCCAUCAAAAUGGAGGAAAGGGAGGCUUCUAGGAAGGGGAACAUUUGGUCAUGUUUAUCUCGGAUUCAACUUUGAGAACGGUCAAAUGUGUGCCAUAAAGGAAGUCCGGGUUGUUUCGGACGAUCAAUUAUCCAAAGAAUGUCUCAAGCAAUUGAAUCAGGAGAUUGAUUUGCUCAGUCGGCUUUCACAUGUAAACAUUGUUCAGUACUAUGGUAGCGACCUGGUAUGA